AUGGUGUUGGAAGAAGAAGUCGCCUCCGGGAAUUUACGAUCUACAAAAAAGAACUGGACAAAAGGCCGAACUUGUUUGAGCAAAGAAAAGAUGGAAAAUGGGAGGAGAAGAAGGCCUGAAGGUGACCGCACGAAUCAUGGCGAUGAGGUGGACAGGAGCGGUCCCCCUUCUCGAUCUCCGCCCGUACCAGAUUCAAGCCGAGACGCGCACUGA